GAAGAAGUUAAAUUCAAAUAUCGGAUCUGCCGUAAAAAAAUAACCAUUGUUAUUCAUAUCAGAAAUUGCCCUAAAUAGGAGUAAAAACGUUUUGAAAUUCCAAAAUAGGACUAUCAUGUUUUUUAUUUCUUGAAUAUGAGUAAUCUGCCAAAUUUGGAAAAAAAUGUAUGUUCAAAGCCUAGUAAUACCAAACCUGGCAUAAAUUUACUCUUAUUCAAGGAAUAAAAAACAUGAUAGUCCUAUUUUAAAAUUGCAUUUGGCAGUAAGUGGGUUGGUAACCAUGGGCCUCAGAUCAUGAAGAAGUUAAAUUUUCCUAGAAAGGAGAAAGAUCUAACAAAGAAAUCCUCUUCAGUCAACGUAUGGUUGAAAAAAGUCAGCCAUAACUAAACACCAUUAACACCUAACAACCUCAAAAAAAUAGACUAAUCCUUCUUUCUUCAUUGUUUGGGGCUAAACGUUCUGUAUUGAUGCCAACCCUUUAGCUCGAUUUGCGUGAUCUGCCGCCGCUGACGACGGCGAAACGAUGGGAUCCACCACCGAUACGUCAGCGGCUUCCUCCAUCGUCACCACCUCUUCCCACCAACCUCCCUCCCACCAUAUCUUGGAAAUCACCCUCAUCUCCGCCCAAGAUCUGGCCCCCAUUUCCAAAUCCCAGCGCACCUACGCUCUAAUCUGGGUCAACCCGAACAAGAAACGGAGCACCAAUAUCGAUCCCAAAGGGCACACCAAUCCCACGUGGAACCACAAGUUCUCGUUCCGGGUCGACGACGAGUUCCUCGGGUCCGAGGCCUCCGCCGUGAACGUCGAGAUCUACGCCGUCGCCUGGUUCCGGGACAUCCUCAUCGGAACGGUUCGCUUAAACGUUAACAACAUUUUGACGCCUCCCUCGCCGGGCAUAGUUAGCGAUGAGAAGAAAACCGAGAGAUUCAUGGCUCUUCAGAUCCGCCGGCCGUCCGGCGACCCUCAGGGGAUGCUCAACAUGGGGGUUGCCCUGUUCGACGCAGCCACGCGCAGCAAGCCGAUCUGCAGCGACGUCAGCGCGUCUUCCUCGGAUUGCAGAGAUCUUCUGGAAAAGAAAAUGAACAAGUUCCUCACAGGGGAUAAGAUCUCCGACGAGUUCCAGGCGAAUCCGGGCUCGGUCUGUGCGGGAUCUGCCGUGAACGGAUCGGUGAUGUGCGGCGGAUCCGAAGUCUGCUCGGACAUCGGGCCGUCGGCAUCCGUCGUGGCGGCGGAGAUAGCCAUGAAGUCCAACCCGCUGGCAGAGCAGCCUAACGCCGGACCCCAGAGACGGAAGGGCGGGGGAGAAUGCGGAGAGAGUGUGAUAUUGGAGGAACUGACGGCCGAGGAAGCGGCGGCGAAAGGGAUGACGAAUCAGCCGGAGGUUGUGAAGAAGAAGGGACACCUGUUUUCGUGCUUCGGAAAUGCCUACGGUUUUGAGGUCACCAUUGUUUGCGGCGCAAGAAAAAAACAGAAAAGCGAUUAAUAUUCCGACAGAGAGAUCCAAUUUUUUAAGAUUUUUUUGUCUGUUUUGUUUUUAUAGUGAACCAAACAAACAUCAACCCUCCUCCGGCCGGGCUAGUGGCCUCCGGCGUGCAGAUCGGAGAACGAGUCGGCGACUGUUUUUUCUUCUUAUGAAACUCUGACUUGAUGAUUGUUUGUUAUUAGUAUAGCAUUAUUAAGAAUCAAUCAGUAGGUAUUUAUACGGAGCCAUUGGUAGAGGUUAAUUCCCUCUUGCAAUACUAAUCUAUUACACAACCUCAUUAGCCAUUAUUGUGGUAUAUAAUAUCAUCUCAUCCUAUGCUAUAAUAA